GGGGCCUCGUCAUCCCCAACGCCGAUGGGGGGCGUUCUCCCCGCUGCCGCUGAGAAGGCCCCCUUGGCUUCGGCCAGGAUCCGGGCAGCCACCCGGAGCGACUGCAGCCCCCCGUCUUUGCGGCCAUGUCUGCCGGUCCGAGCCACCGGCCCCGUGUUCCAGGCUCCACCAGAUCUCCCGUUCUGGCGACAUGAACCCUGUCACGUGGCUGCUGCUGCUCCUGGUGGCCGCAGGCUGCGUCAGCGGUUGGGCGCGUGCCGUGAUGCACAGACUGGAACCGUCCGAGCUCGUGAAGGCGCCGCUGGGAGGCAACGCCACCCUGCGAUGCUCCCUGCCGGUGGAGGUCGCCAGCCUGAGCCUCAGUCUGGUCCGCUGGAGGGAGCCGCUUACGAAAGAAACGGUCUACAUUUACACGGCGAGUAUGAACCAAACUCGGACCAAGUACGACUACAUCGUGCCCACGGUCGAUAUUGGUCGCGGCGAGAGCUCGCUGCUGUUGCUGGGAGUGGCGCACUCCAUGGCCGGUGUCUACCAGUGCCAACUCGAAACCGUGGGAAUUGGCUCCUACCUGCAGGACGUGUUGCUGGAGGUGUUCGGUGGUCUGUGCGAGGAGCAGCCUCUGACCACGAGGGUGGAGGUCUCCGCGGGACACUCGCAGCGCCUCCCGUGCUCCGUCAGCGGCGCGGUGCCGCAGAUCGAGCAGCGGUCGCUGAUCGUGCGGUGGGACGUCCACCUGGACAACGGCUCCAACUUCGUGGUAUUGCCGCUCCGCCAGGGUGAGCGUUGGGAGGGGCUCCCGUCCUGGCUGCGGUUCGAUGGCGACCUCCGGGCAGGCGACGCGACCCUGGGCCUGUCGGGGGCCUCGGCGACCCACAGCGGCCUCUACUCCUGCACCCUCACCGCCGCUACGCCCGCCGCUAGCGCCGCUAGCGCCGCUACCGCCGCUACCGGCGGGUACUGCGUGUCUGGAGAUACUGGCACAGAGUGCCGGAGGUCCUACCGCCUGUCGGUCGUUGGCGGAGAGACGGAGCCGUACGGAGACGGUGGUGGCGGCGAUGGUUGUGGUGGUGGCGGUGGUGGUGGCGAUGGUUCAAGCUCGGUGGCUUUCGUCAGGGGUUGA